AGCAAUCCUGUUGUUCGCACACAACACUUAAAAACCGCCAAAUCUGUAGCUGCGGUGGCGUUAAUACGUAAGUGCCGAAUUUCCUAAUAAUGAUUUGGCAUUUUCCUUUAUGAGUAACUGAACUAUAAAUCAUCCCGUUUUAUCUCUUUUAUAGGUUUCAACAAAAUGCAUUUUCACAUAAAUAAGAAGAGUGUUUAAUAUAACCGAUUUAUUCCCUUCUAUAGCCUGUUUAGUCUCUCUCGGAUUCAAUGUCAAAGCAGAUACUUCAGUUACUACGUUUAGUUUCGGUUUCGUUUCAGCAUCUGUUUGGUUUUCGCCCCGUGCCCUUGAAUCUGAAGUGAUAGCGUGAAUUUCAGCUGACUCUUUAUGUACGAAUAAACGGGAAAAAUGAGCAAAGGGGCGCUAUACCAAAAAGUAUCAGAAAAACUGAUUUGCUGAAGGAAAAACGAAAUAGAGCUGCUUCAGUUUCGAAGAUAAGUGGGAAAAAUGAGCAAAGGGGCGCUAUACCAAAAAGGAUCCGAAAAACUGAUUUGCUGAAGGAACAACCAAAUGGAGCUGCUUUAGUUUCGAAGAUAAUGUGCAGUAUCCGAUUAACUGAUUUGCUGAAGGAACCACCAAAUAGAGCUGCUUUAGUUUCGAAGAUAAGUGAGAAAAAUGAGCAAAGGGGCGCUAUACCAAAAAGGAUCCGAAAAACUGAUUUGCUGAAGGAACAACCAAAUAGAGCUGCUUUAGUUUCGAAGGUAAUGUGCAGGAUCCAAAAAACUGAUUUGCUGAAGGAACAACCAAAUAGAGCUGCUUUAGUUUCGAAGGUAAGCUGGGAAAAUCAGAAAAGGGGUGCUAUACCAAAAUGUAUCCAAAAAACUGAUUUGCCGAAGAGACAACCAAAUAUAGCUGUUUCAUUUUCCAAGAUGAGCUUGUCAAAUGAGAAUUUGCCUGCUUUACCAAUAAGGAUCCCCAAAACAGAUUCAGAGGCAAUCGAAAAGAGUGAUUUGACCGAAGUACAACCAAAUGUGUUUGCUUCGUCUUCGAAGAAAUCUAAAUUUGCUCAAGGCGGUAGAAAGGAGGAUACUUGCCAGUCUUCUGAACCUUCUACCAGUUUUUUGGUAGCUGAGCAAAUGGAGGAGGGGAAAAUACAGGAAAGCGAAGAAUAUGUCGCUAGAAAGUCGUUAGAGAGUGAUGAAGAGUCGUUAGAGAGUGAUGAACAAUUCUGGAAAAAGUGUAUUUCUUCUCUAGCUGAGCAAAUGGAGGAGAAAGUAAAACUGGAAAGCGAAGAAUAUAUCGCUGAAAAGUGGUUAGUAAGUGAUAGAAAAUUCUGGGAGUUCAUAGAUACAGGUGUCAAUGAUUAUGAAUUUGCAAUGGAACCUCCACCCAAAGAUGAAUGCCUUGAGUUCAUAGAUAAAGGUGCCAUUGGUUAUGAAUUUCCAAUCGAACAUCCACCCGAAUAUGAAGACCUUGAUUAUAGUUUUUUGGUAGCUGAGCAAAUAGAGGCGAAGAAAAAACAGGAGAAAGAAGAUUCUAUGACUAAAAAGUGGGUGGAGUGUGAUAUAGACCACUGGGAGUUCUUAGGUAAAGGUUCCACUGAUAUUGAAUUUCCAAUCGAACCUCCACCCGAAGAUGAAUGCCUUGAAGUUUUGGGUGUAAAACUUGAUCGCCUCGAACCAUGGGCUGAAGACCAUUUCAGAUAGAAGGAAAAAAUGGAAAUGCUGAAGACUUUUGUGAUUAAGAAAUCUGAGCUUUUAUAACUGGCCGGUGAUUUGGGGAUUAUUUACUCUUUCUAAUUUAGUAAAAAAAUGAUUUUUUUUGUAUGCGCAUUAAUUUUGAUAUCAUUUUAUAUGUUGCUGUUAGAAAACCACAUUUACAAAUGCGAUGAUAAAUUUAUUUUUUCGU